AUGGUCUCUGUAGGGUUGACGUCCACGAAUUCUGGCUUGGAACGGAACUUGAGCUGUUUCGACAACAUCUUGAUCACCUCCUCUUCUGAGUCGGUGGAGGUUUUGUGCGAUCUCGCCAGCUUUCCAAAGAGAUCUUUGGAAAAUGUGGCAGAGAACACGAGCGACUGGAAUUUGGCAAACCCUUGUUUCGGACGGUGGUUGUACAAAAUCUCCAAGAUCUUGGUCAGUUCCUCAAAAUGGCCGUCUUGGAGAAGUCUGUCGGCCUCGUCGAAAACUAAAAUGUCGGAAGACGCAAGCUGGACAGCCGUUUCUGUCUUUUUCUCCAAUAGUUCCAGAAACCGGCCCGGAGUAGCAAUGAUCACUCUGGGCUUGAGCCCAAGCAAACGCUCCUGUUUCUGGAUCGACAGUCCUCCCGUCAAAGAUAUCACCGACUUCUCCGGAAGCGGCGUGUACUUGAACAACUGCUGGAGAUGUUUCAUAACCUGGUUGGCCAGUUCUCUGGUCGGAGUAAAAAUGAUUCCGUUUGGAUGGUCUUUUUUGGUAGCUUCUGCUUUUUCGAGAAUCGGGAUUCCGUACGCCAACGUCUUACCGGACCCGGUGAUGGCCUUUCCAAUCACGUCCUUUUCGUCCAUGGCCAGAGGUAUCGUGGUCUUCUGGAUCUCUGUGGGUUUGGUGAAGCCGAGUUUCUGCAGUCCCUGCAAAGUGUGCGCAGAUAGCUGCAACGAGCUCCACUCGGGCAUAUCAACGUCCUCUGGUAGAUCCUCGGUAAGGGAGGAAAACACAUUCGAGUCGAGCUCGUCCUGGACGGCUUCUGGUGAAGAGUCUGUCUCGUCCUGCUGUUCUUGCGGUUCCUGCUCUUCUGUCUCUUCUGGUUGCUCCUGCUCCGUCUCUGUCUCCUUCUCCUGUUCUCCCCGAACAACAAACUUCACUUUUCCGUCCUCAACCUUCACGUCAACGCCGUCGAUCUCCUCCAGCCCGUAG